AUGGCGUUCCAGUGUCAGCGGGACAGCUACGCCAGGGAGUUCACCACCACCGUGGUCUCCUGCAGUCCCGCGGAGCUGCAGACCGUAGGAAGCAACGGCAAGAAGGAAGUGCUGAGCGGUUUCCACGUGGUGCUGGAAGACACGCUGCUUUUCCCCGAGGGCGGGGGACAGCCUGAUGACCGUGGUACAAUCAAUGACAUCUCUGUGCUGAGAGUGACCCGCCGGGGCGCCCAGGCUGAUCAUUUCACCCAGACACCUCUGACCCCUGGGACUGAGGUACAGGUCCGGGUGGACUGGGAACGGAGGUUUGACCACAUGCAGCAGCAUUCAGGGCAGCAUCUCAUCACUGCGGUUGCUGAUCAUCUGUUUGGGCUGAAGACAACAUCAUGGGAGUUAGGGCGACUCCGGAGUGUCAUCGAGCUGGACAGCCCUUCUGUGACUGCGGAGCAAGUAGCUGCCAUUGAGCAGAGUGUCAAUGAAAAAAUCAGAGAUCGGCUGCCUGUGUAUGUGCAAGAACUGAGCCUGGAUGAUCCCGGUGUGGAGCAGGUGAGGGGCCGGGGUUUGCCAGAUGAUCAUGCUGGGCCUAUUCGAGUUGUCACCAUCAAGAGCGUUGAUUCCAACAUGUGCUGUGGGACCCACGUGAGCAAUCUCAGUGACCUUCAGGUCAUUAAAAUCCUGGGCUCUGAGAAGGGGAAAAAGAACAAAACCAACGUGACCUUUCUGGCUGGGAACCGGGUGCUGAAGUGGAUGGAGAAGAGCCACAGCACUGAGAAAGCACUGACAGCUCUGCUGAAGUGUGGAGCAGAGGAUCACGUGGAAGCCGUGAAAAAGCUACAGAACUCUAGCAAGCUCCUGCAGAAGAACAACCUGAAUCUGCUCAGAGACCUGGCUGUGCACAUUGCCCACAGCCUCAGGAACAGCCCAGACUGGGGAGGUGUGGUCACAUUACACAGGAAGGAGGGUGAUUCUGAGUUCAUGAAUAUCAUCGCCAAUGAGAUUGGGUCAGAGGAGACCCUCCUCUUCUUAACUGUGGGCGAAGAGAAAGGUGCUGGACUCUUCUUACUGGCAGGGCCAGCUGAGGCUGUGGAGACCCUGGCGCCCAGGGUGGCUGAGGUGCUAGAAGGCAAGGGAGCGGGGAAGAAAGGCCGCUUUCAGGGCAAGGCCACCAAGAUGAGCCGUCGGGCAGAGGUGCAGGCGCUUCUCCAGGACUACGUCAGCACUCCAGGACUACGUCAGCACGCAGAGUGCAGUGCAGAGGAGUGA